AUGGCCGCUCCGUUCCAAUACGAGGAAAACGUGUCUCUCAAGCCGCGCAACGAGAUCUUUGCAAGGAAAGUUUGUUGGGUCGAAAACGGAACGAGUUGUUACUAUGGCGACGACGUCUGCUAUUACCACAGCUGCUGGAACUGCAAGUGCAAGGCAACUUACUGGGGCAGAGAGCUAAAGCGCCGAAACUGCACCAACAAAAUCGACACAGACUGCAACUGGCUCUGA